AUGGAUGCUCAUGAAAACGCCUCAUAUCAUCAGAAUGGAGCUAAAAUGUCAGCAGAAGGAUCAAGUCGACCACGUCCAUUAUUGGAAACAGCACACCACAUUCAUCAUAAGAUCGCCUGGAAAGCUAUUAAUGUCGAUACAAAGCGUGUAAUUUUUCGGUGUGACGGUGUCUGCAAAGAUGAUCCAAAGUAUAAUGUACAUACACUGGGUGAUCCGAGGAACCCACUAACAAGAUUUCGUAAUGUGGAGUCGAUCGACCUUCCACUACCUUCUUUUGUUUUGGACAAUAACUCGGUUGGACCACAACCAAAACGUGAAGUUUCCAUAUUUGGUUUAAAUGAUAACAUAAAUAAUGCAUUUUUGACUGAUAUGUGCCAAAAGACCGGUCAAAUUAUUGAGGUAUUCGUAUAUAUGCAUCCUCGAACAAAAAAACAUUUGGGCAUGGCGUACGUUGUCUUCCAGGAUGUUGGUAAAGCUGAAUUGUUUGUUGCAAAAAAUGACGGUACUUCAGUUAUGGGACAAACAAUUAAGUGUAUUAUUGAUCCAUAUGCGAAGGAAAUAAGUCGACGCUAUGAAGAGCGAGCAGUGGAAACAGCACCAAUACCACAUUACUUAUCACGCUUGGAUCAUAACAGACUAAUUGAGUUUCGAAGAGUCAGCUGUACAAGUACUUCUGAAUGUAAAAGCAUUCUCAUAAGUUCAUCACCUCCUACCAAUGCUCAGCAAUCCAGUGAUUUUAAAGCAUCAGAACUGUCAUCGAAAAAACAAUCUGUAGAAUCUGAAGCGGCUUCUCAUCGUCAAGUGCAUCAGCAAUCGGUUGAAGCUGCAUUGGCGAAAGUAGCACAUAUCGGAAAUGUGGUACCAUGUAAUGAACGUACGACAGUUCCACCAAUAACCAGAUAUUUUGCUUCAUCGACAACAUCCCCUUCCGCUACAACUUCAUGUCCACUGUUAAAAACAACACAUCAAACAUUUUGUUCCCAUCAUUUCAUUUCUCAUCAACAGUCGCAGACCCCAUUUACUUACCACCAUUCGAUGCCAGUCAAUCCGAUAUCUCCUCUUCCUAAUUUUCCACCAGUUUCACCUUCCGUCAAUGUUUUCUCAUCCCUUCCACCAAUAGCUGGACGAAUGCCAUUUCCUGUAUGGUCUAAUCUGCCAUCAUCACCUUUGCGAACUUCAGAUAAUACUUGGCCAAGAGCAAAAGCAGUUGUGUCUGUUCCGGUACAACCGCAAGUCCUAUCCAUAAGAAGUCCGGCACCAACAGCAUUAAAUUUUGUUUCAACUGCUUACCAAGCUGUACCAAGUACUUCAUCUUGCGAGGAAGUUGCUCCGAUGGAUCCAGCACCGUCGAAAGAAAAUGAGGAAAGGAAAAAACCGAAAACAGCUGUUGCAAGUGUACAGAGAAGAAAACGAAAUGUUUCAGCAAGUGGAAAAAUAAAAGUAAGAAAAAGAAGACGGUUUCGUGAAGCCAUUCCGGCUUCUUCUGCUUCUGGAAAUACCAGUUCAGAAAGUGAUGAAAGAAGUGAAUUGAGCAAAGAAAGUUCUCAGGAUAGCAGUAGUACUGUUGAAAAGGAACAUCGACAUCGAAAAAAAGGAAUUGUAGAAGAACGUAAAUAUUACAGAAGAAAAGGAGUAGGUGGAACCAACGAUUACUACAAGGAAAUUGUAAUUCGAAGAAAUGAUAAUACGCGAAAAUGUUCACAUGAGCCUAGAUCAAAUUCACCAGAACUAGUGGAAGAAGUGGAAAAUUAUCAACGCAUAAGAAAAUAUAAAAAACAGCACGAAGAAAUUACUGACCGGGAUGAGCAUUUCGUGGAACCGGAUGUUGACUUGCCUGAUCUGGAAAGUGUGAGUAGUGACUCAGUAGUGACUGAAGAUCAGCUCAGUACGCAGCAACAAGAGCUAAAGGCAAAAAAAACUAAAAGUAAUAGAAAGGCUUUAUCAAUAAAGCAUAUCCGCCAGCAACAAUCCAAAUACGUGGAUUGGAGGAAGAAGCGAAUUAUGAAAGAAAGGCGUAAACAGUGUGACCACAGGAGUUAUGGAGAUCGAGAAAAUUCUAGUUUUAGUGGGAAUGAAAAGGGUCAUAGGUGGUCUUCAUCUUCCUCAACUACAGAAUCAGAAACAGAAUCUGAUGGAUCAGAUUCUUUCAAAAAUUGCAGAAGAUAG